GUGGAUUUUGACCAGCUGCAGGAGAACCUGUGUCAGAUGGAGCGACGCUGCAAAGCCUCAUGGGACCACCUGAAGGUGAUCGCCAAGCACGAGAUGAAGCCUCAGCUGAAGCAGAAGAUGUCCGACUUCCUCAAAGACAGCGCCGAAAGAAUCAUCAUCCUCAAGAUAGUUCACCGCAGACUACUCAACAGGUUUCAUUCCUUCCUGCUGUACCUCGGUCAUCUGGCCUACAGCGUGAGAGAGAUCAGCGUCAACAGGUUCAGUAAAAUCCUCAGCGAGUUCGCGCUGGAGUACCGAACCACGCGUGAGCGCGUCCUGCAGCAGAAGCAGAAACGAGCCGACCACCGCGAGCGCAACAAGACCCGGGGGAAGCUGAUCAUGGAUGUGAACGCUCCG